GCAUAGCUCGUUUUUCUAGGUCGUGAUACAAUUGUUUCCAAAAUGAAGUUCUUUGCUACGAAAGCACCAAAUGAAGAGGUUUCACUAACUAAUAGGGUGUUUUUCAAUCCGAAAGAUUUUAAUGAAAAGCUUAGUUGUGUGGCAAUACACACUGCGGCUGAUAAAUAUGUAUUUCGUGGUGGUUCACACGAUCAUGUCCCUCAAGGAAAGGUUGCGUUCGGUUUGGCUCAGCGUAAAUGGGGCAAUAUUUCGGUAGAUGAACCUUUAGAUGUUCAACCAUACACAUUUAAUUUGGCUCGUGGAUGUUUAGCUUCUGCAGUUUUGGCUGUGGAUCUUAAUAAUAAAAAAAUGUCGAUCAAUGAGCCAUUGGAUUCAGAUCGAAUGGCUCUAGAAUUCAGCAUGCAAUUUGCAGAUACACCAUUGACCGUUGGUCAGCAUAUUCUUUAUCGGUUUAACAAAAUGACUUUCCUUGUUGAGGUUAAGAAAUUGUCAACUUUGUCAAUGGAUGGCGGAGAUGUUGACAAUAGUAAAAUUGGCAUGUUAACUGGGAAUACAGUAAUUCGUUGGAUGCCUCAACCAGAUUCUAAAUUAUUGUUGAUUGGUAAAGCUGCAUUGGAUGACGAUGGAGCUAGUUCUAUCGGAGGUGGUGGUGGCUAUCAUAGUAUCAUCAAUCCAAAUUGGGAUUUUAAUCAAAUGGGUAUCGGUGGAUUGGAUAAAGAAUUUUCGGCUAUAUUCCGACGAACAUUUGCAUCACGAAUGUUUCCUCCAGCAGUUGCAAAACAAUUAGGUUUAAAACACGUCCGUGGUAUUCUUUUAUACGGUCCACCUGGUACUGGUAAAACACUAAUGGCACGACAAAUUGGUAAAAUGCUUAAUGCACGUGAACCUAAAAUUGUCAAUGGUCCAAGUAUAUUAGAUAAAUAUGUUGGUGAAUCUGAAGCGAAUAUCCGUAAAUUAUUCGCUGAUGCUGAAGAAGAAGAAAAACGCAUGGGUGCUAAAUCUGCAUUGCAUAUUAUUAUAUUUGAUGAAAUUGAUGCGAUUUGUAAAUCACGUGGAUCUACAGGUGGAGGUGCUGGUGUACAUGACACUGUAGUCAAUCAGCUACUAACUAACCUGGAUGGAGUGAAUCAGUUAAAUAAUAUACUUGUCAUUGGAAUGACUAAUCGACGAGACAUGAUUGAUGAAGCACUUUUAAGACCUGGACGUUUUGAAAUGCAAAUGGAAAUCUCUUUACCAGAUGAAGAUGGUCGAUUGCAAAUCCUAAAUAUACAUACAUCGAAAAUGCAACAGGCUGGUAAAUUGGCACGUGAUGUUGAUUUGAAAGAAUUAGCGGCUAAAACAAAAAAUUUCAGCGGUGCUGAAAUUGAAGGCUUAUGUCGUGCUGCAGCAUUCACCUCAAUGUAUCAAUUAAUAAGUCCAUCUGGGAAAACUCAGUUGGAUCCUGAUGCAUUUGACCGAUUGUUAGUAAAACGUUCAGAUUUUCUAUACGCAUUGGAACAUGAUGUUAAACCGGCUUUUGGUGCUUCUGAAGAAGAACUCAGUUGUUAUGCUCCUCGUGGUAUUAUGAUGUGGGGUGAGUCGGUAUCACAUGCACUAGAUAUGGGUCGACUAGCUGUGUCUGCAGUAAAGGAACCAGAUGUUGAAACGUACAGACCCUUAACUUUGUUAUUAGAAGGUCCACCGAAAGCUGGUAAAACAGCGUUAGCUGUUGAGAUUGCACGAUUAUCUGGAUUCCCGUUCGUCAAAAUUGUUACGUCACAUAAAAUGAUUGGAUUCACUGAAAUGGCUAAAUGCGCUGCAAUGAAAAAGAUUUUUGAUGAUGGUGCCAAAUCACCAUUAAGUGUUGUGAUUGUUGAUAAUAUUGAAGGUUUAAUUGAAUACAAUCCAGUUGGACCAAGAUUUUCGAAUUUCAUUGUUCAAGCAAUACGUGAUUUGGUUUCGCAACCAUUGAAAGCGGUUAGUUAUUUGAAUAAUUAAUUACUUUUAUAUACUUUUUUCUAAGUGCUCAUACUUACAUUUAAGUAGUAUCAUUUUUAGAAGGUGGUGUUGGUCUUUUUAAUCAACAGGUCAGUUGUUUGUUUUUGUGUUUUAUGCUUUUUACAUAUUUUCGUUUUUAUUCCCUUGAAAAGUGCGUUCGCAUUGCUUUUUCCAGGGUCGUCAUAUGUUAGUACUGGCUACAACCAGUUGUCGUGAAGCGUUAACAGAUCAAAAUCUUACUCAAGCUUUUUCAUGGCACGUCCAUGUUGCUAUGCUCUCAAGAUCCGAGCAUUUAAUUGCUGCGUUAGAAGAGGAUGGACGUUUUACAUCGAAAGAACAACAGAUUAUUGAAAAAUCUUUAUCGGGUCGUCGUUUAUGUAUUGGAAUCAAGCAUUUGCUUGAUUUGAUUGACCUAGUUUCGAAAGUAAGCAAUGAUCUUGUGAUUCAUACUUUUCUAAGUACAGUUAUCUGAUUUUACUCCGUAACUUUAAACUGGCAAAAAUAUAAUUCAUUGAUAUAUUUAUAAUUCACAUUUUCCGCUUCAUAUAUCCAUGUGGUGAGUUAAGCGAGAUUAUGAUUAACCUUCAAAGCAAUAUAAACAGAGCUGGAUGGUGGUUAGCAGAAAAAUCUAGAACGCGCGUUUCGUCUUAUUUUGGAUGUACUUGCAUUCAUCAGUCAAUAGGAUUAAAACAGUUAUUCAAGUGUAAAUUUCUCUAUUGACUUUUAAUCAGUAUAAGGUGAGAUAUAACUUAAAAGUAGGAUUUUUCAUAAGAAACAAAACAUCACGGUCUACGAUGAUUGUAGGGAUUUUUUUGUGAAUAUUCAUUGAACUGGUAGUGUAUUAGCUUCAUCAGAAAUCCGAUAAUUCACCACUAUAACGUCUGAAUUCGACUGACAAUUAAUUAUACUGUGCCUAAAACUCAAUAUCGAUUUGCUGUGUUUGCCAAAUAACCCUAAAUCUAAACAUGGUAUUACUCACCUUGUAGUUUCACGGUGCCAGAGCGAUUUUUUAAAGAGACCUAUGAUCAUGACUAGUGCCAAUCAUGGUUGUUAUUCAAUUGUUGUUAUGACUUACGUUUUUUCAUUUCUCUUCAUAUCUAUCAAGCGGAUAAUUAUUUGGAAUACAUUCAUUGAUAAAUCUGUAAUCUCACUUCAUCUUAUUGAGAGUAAAAUGUGGUGAAUUUAUAAUUUAUGAACGACCUUUGAAUGACGAUGAAGUGAACUUGAAAAUAUCCACCUUGUCAAUGUUAAAAGAGGGAUUAAGAUUAGAAUUUAGAGUUAGUGACUAACGUUAGCAAUCGGAGUUAGGGUUUUUGUCACGAACUGACAUCACCUGUAGUGUUUAAAUGCUAUAUAACUGCAUGGAGGAAGGAGUUUUCGCGCCAAUAUAAAAAAGGUGCUAUCUUUAAUUUCAUUGGUUCGUCCAUAAACUUUAGUCUUGGCCAAAAAAUUUUACAAACGUUACAUUUUAUUGGACAGAAUGCGUAACUUAUCUCUGUGAUCAUUUUACUAAAACAAAUAAAUCAAUCAUUUAGGCGAGACAAUUUAUCUAUUAGAUAGUAAAAACGAUUCUUAACGAUGAGAUGUAAAGAAAUUCUUCAAAAAAGAAGAAUAUUUAAUUACUCUAAAACGCCUUGAAUACAAAGGACUUUGUAUACUUAAUCAAUAUAUAAAGCAUUUCGAAUUGUUUGUUUGUUUUUUCUUUUCUUCCUAGAACGAUCCAGAUCAUCGAGUUGCUGCAUUUCUUGCUAAAUUAGAAGAGGUUGGCAUUGUCGAUGAAUAGUAUUUAUGACAGUUUGCUGCCGUCUCUACAGAUAUUUAUGAUCAAAAUGGUUGUGUAUGCCAAAACAAGAAGAGUCUCAAUUCCACGAUAUAUAUGUAUAUUCUAUUGUUGAAUUUGUUUAUUUAUUUUAAUCUUUAAUCAUUCCGUGAAUAUUUAUAUUUUCCUCAAACUAUGAUUGUUAUAUAAUCACUUGAUUCUUUCAAUUCAUUUUUUUCUUGUUUUUUUUUCCUUCUGAUAAAUUUAUUGUCAUUAUUUCACAGUUCAUAUUAUAUGCAAAAUUUACCUGGUUACUCUUGUUCUCUUAGAGUACCCUACGCGUUAUUACGUAACGUCUUACGUAUUCAUCAUUGACCAUCAUUCGUAACACAAUUAUUAUUAUUAUUACUAUUAUUAUUUAUGCACGUGGAUGCGUAAUAUUUAUAUAUAUAUAUACAUAUUAGUGUGGUUGUGUAUGAUUUUUGUUUCCCACUAUGCAUAUUACAAUAAACGUUUAUUUACUUCUCACUCAUUCCCUUCAACAACAUACACAAAAUCAUGAUGAGCCAGUUCAGAACAGACAUCGUGAUAUAAUAAAAAUAUAUUUAUUUAAAUCAUUUUCCUUUGAAUUUGUAUCUUCACAGAAUGAAAAUAUAUUUGUUGAGU